AUGGUGGCUGACCUGGAGCCCUUGCUCAGCGGAGCUCGGCUGCCAGCUGGCGCGCGCCCUUUCGCCCACGCCUACGGGGGCCACCAGUUCGGGUCCUGGUCGGGCCAGCUGGGCGACGGCCGCGCCAUGUCCCUGGGCGAGGUCUUGGGCUUUGCGCCGGGGGAGGAGGAGCGAUCAGAGCGCUGGUGGCCGUGGGAAUUGUCUUUGAAAGGUGCGGGCAAGACGCCCUACAGCCGGGGGGGCGACGGCCGCGCCGCGCUGGCCAACGCCGCACGGGAGUUCUUUGCGCCCCUCGCAUCGAAGUUCUAA